AUGCAGGGAGCUGAAGACCAGAAGACAUCUAUGGAGCAACUAAGAGCCGCCACUGAAGAGGAGAAUGUGAAAAUUGCUGAGAAGAAAAAGAAGAUCGACGAGCAGCUCAAAGAAGUUGAACCGUUACUAAACGAAGCUCGAUCUGCGGUAGGAUCCAUCAAAUCUGAAUCACUAUCUGAAAUUCGCAGUCUGCGCGCUCCUCCUGAAGCUAUCAGAGACAUUCUUCAAGCUGUGCUUCUAUUCAUGGGAAUAUUGGAUACGUCUUGGGAGGCGAUGAGGAAGUUCCUCUCCAAAAGCAGUGUGAAAGACGAAAUCAUCAAUUUUGAUGCUCAUCGAAUAACCAAAGAUGUCCAUAAGAAAGUUUCAGCUCUGGUGAAGAGCAAAGAAGCGUCUUUCGACCCCAAAAAUGCCAAACGAGCUUCGAUAGCGGCAGCUCCACUUGCUGCAUGGGUCACUGCUAAUCUACAGUACGCUGAAAUACUGGAGAAAAUUUCCCCUCUGGAACAAGAGAAAAACCAGCUUGUCAGCAAUCUUUCGAAGGCCGAAAAACAAAUCCAAAAACUUUCGCAAGGAUUACAUACAGUUGACGAGAAAGUAGCGGUACUGAAGGAAAACUUUGAAGUAUUGAUGAAAGAAGCUACCCAAAUCAAAAUCGACUUGGAGAAAGAGCAGGACACCAUAAGAGUUGCUGGAACUCUGAUUGACCGUUUGAGUGGAGAGUUUGCACGUUGGCAAGUGCAAAUGGAGGCUUUGUCGAGGGAGAUGGAAAAUGUAAGAACUUUUCAUAUCCUUGGUCUACUACGGUAGUC